UAACAUCAGAAGUGUCAAUUAUGAGAUGCAUAAAAAUAUUUCACUUCCAAAACAUUAUACACAAAAGGUAAAGAUGUUUCUUAUGCAUCAUAUUAACAACAAAUCAGGAUGUGAUCUACUUAAUAAAUUAUUAAUACUUGACUUGGGUAAGAGAUAUGAUGCUGACACAGCUUUGAACCAUGAUUUUUGUUUUUGGAAAGAUCCCAUGCCAAGUAAUUUAACUAAUGCUAUAUCUCAAAUUAAAAAUCAUUGCCAUGAGAAUAGUAUGCUUCAACAGCAAAUUUUUUAA